GCAUGUAUUGUACGAUACAGGGCCCGUAUCGUACGAUACAGGGCGAUACACCCCGUAUCGUACGAUACGGGCUAAAAACGCAAAAGGGGGCCCGAGACCUACUUAUUCGGCUUCUUUUUGAAAUUUUUCUUCCGUUCUUCAUUUCUAACGCUUGGAUAGUGCCCCGUGAGGGAGGGCGAUCGUUCAUUUUCAUCGUGAAAAACUUGAUUUUCAUCGUCAAAUCGAAGAUUAAGUGGUCGAUUUGUGCGUGGGUGCUUGAUUUUCGUGGGAAGGAAAGGAGUUUUCUUCAUUUCAGACAUUUCUUCUUCGUAAGGUAUGAAAUCUCAUGUUCUUACCAUGUAUUCUUAAUUUUUUACCGUAUAAUCGUAGAUUGGAAGACUUCGAGUGUUUUUCAUUAAGUUUACCAUAGGAUUUCGUUUUUUUUUUUUUGAAGAUAUGGAUCCUACAUGGCAAUGGUGCGAAAGGGUGAAGGAGAAUAACCGUUUGAAACUCAAAUGUGGCUUCUGUGGGAAUACAUUUUCAGGAGGGAUUAUUAGAAUGAAACACCAUUUGGCAGGGACCUCCAAAGAUGCGUCUCCUUGUGUUGGAGGACCAAACAAACCUUUGCCUCCAUUUGUGCGUCAACAAUGUUUAGAUAUGCUUCAUGCUUUACGUCAAAAGAAAAUACAAAAAGAAAUUGAAGAUGCAAAUAUAGGCUAUAAUGUGCCUUUGGAAGAUGAAGAAGAAGAGGAAGAAGCUUAUGAAUGUGAUGAUGAAGACGAUAGCAGUCUAAGAACAGAUUUGGAGACCUCAAGAGGUAGAGAUCGUAGAUGAAAAGGGAUUAUGUAUGAAGGAGGUCGAUCUGACAUAACGGGAAGGAAGAGGAGAGGCACAACAGAUGUUAGGGCCAGGCGUGGUAUGCGACCACCUAGUGGUAGAGUUCCUACUGGUAGGUCUAGUGUUGGCUCUAUUAAGAGUUUUUUCCCUUCAUAUACCAGCCCAGGUGGUCAGCCGCAGAUUCGUGCUGCUAUGACAUCUAAAGAUAUGCUAUAUUAUGCACAAAAGCAGGUAGGGAAAUGGUUUUAUGAUGCAUGUAUUCCAUUCAAUGCCGCUAAUUCUUUUCAAUUCCAAGCCAUGGCAGAUGCAAUUGCUUCUAUAGGCCCCGGAUUCAAAAUGCCAUCAUAUCAUCAGUUGAGGGGCAAAAUUCUUCAGGAUACAGUCAAAGAAGUGUCUGAGCAUUGUGAUGAGUUGAAAUUAUGUUGGAAGGAAACAGGUUGCUCCAUUAUGUCAGAUGGUUGGACUGAUACAAGGUCAAGAACACUUGUAAAUUUUCUUGUUUAUUGCCCUAAAGGUACAAUGUUCUCGAAAUCUCUUGACUUGUCUGAUGUUCCUAAGACUGCUGAGAUUUUAUUCAAUGUUUUUGAUAAUGUCGUACAAGAAGUUGGACCUGCAAACAUUGUACAGUUUAUUACAGAUAAUGCUGCAAAUUAUAGAGCUGCAGGAGAUUUGUUAUUUCAAAAGUAUAGAACAUUUUAUUGGAGUCCAUGUGCCACUCAUUGUGUUAAUCUAAUGCUUCAAGAUCUUAAUGAGAUGCAUGAUAUGAAAUCAGCCAUUGACCAAUGUCAAGAGGUAACAAAAUUUAUCUAUAAUCAUGCAUAUGUAUUGAGUUUGAUGAGAAAAUUUACAAAAGGAGUUGAAUUAAUACGACCUGCACAAACUAGAUUUGCUACAAAUGUAUUGACUGUGCAGAGUGUGGUGAAACAAAGAACUCCUUUGAGACAGAUGUUUGCUAGUGAAGAAUGGGCUGCAUAUCCACAUGCUCAUAAAAGAAAUGCUUCUUUAGUUGUGGAUAUUAUAUUCAAUAACGUAUUUUGGGAAUCAUGUGUGAAGCUAUUGAUGGUUUGUGUUCCAUUAGUUAAGGUUCUCAGGUUGGCUGACAGCGAGGACAGACCUUCCAUAGGAUACUUAUAUGAGGCUAUGGACAAAGCAAAAGAGGCAAUUCGAGACAACUUAAAGGAGAAGAAAAAGUUAUAUAUGCCCAUAUGGAAGAUUAUAGAUAAAAGGUGGACUAGACAGCUUCGUCAACCUCUUCAUGCAACAACUUAUUAUCUAAAUCCUGCAAUUAGAUUUUCUCAUACAUUUAAGAAGGACAGAGAAGUCAUGCAUGGUUUGUUAGAUUGUAUUAAUGUGUUAGUGGAAGAUUCUACAGAACAAGAUGCUGUGCACAAUGAGUUGGAUCUAUAUGAUAGUUGUUUUCGGAACAUGGGACUACCUGCGGAGCCAGGACAACGAUGCGUCCAGAUUUGUGGUGGAAUAGGUAUGCGUUUGAUUGUCCAAACCUAGCACGUUUUGCAGUCAAAGUCUUCAGCCAGACAUGCAGUGCUAGUGGAUGCGAAAGGAACUGGAGUGUGUUCCAACAUAUCCAUAGGAAAAAAAGGAAUAGGCUCGAACAUAAAAGGUUGAAUGACCUUGUCUUUGUUCGAUAUAAUAUGAGGUUGAAACAAAGAGAAUUAGAAAAAUCAUUAGCAAGGAAGCACACAUCUCAGUUCGAUCCUAUCAGCUUGGAAAAUUUUGACGAUCUAGAGCCAUGGAUUGAAGAAGAACCAACUACAAUAUUUGAUGAUGAAGAUCUUGAAUGCUUCAACCUUGAAGUUGAAGCAACAGAAGACUUUGUUGAUGAAGGAGAGUCUGCUACUGCUGGUGCUGGUGCUGAAUAUGUUGGUGAAGAUCUUCCAAUUCUUGACGAUGAAGAAGAAGAAGAAGAUGAAGAUGAUGAAGAUUAUGAAUGAUGAAUCAUGAAUGAGAGUCAAGUGAAGAGUGCUUUCAUUUAAUAUGUAUCAAAAACUUAAGAGUUAUGAAUCUAUGGUUGUUGAACACUUGAUUGAAUGUUUUAUCAUUUAUGACUUUAUCACUUUAUGGCUUAUGGCCUUAUGCUUUGUUGAAUGAUAUUGUAUUAUUAUUGUUAUGAAUUUUGAUGUUUAUGAA